AUGGCUCAAACUACGACUAUCACAGAUUAUUUUAAACAAAAACGAUUAUCAUCAAAUGUUUUUCAUGAAAAUCUGAAAAUAAAGAAACUAAAAACUGAUGAUAUUUCUCAAUUAGUACCUAGCACACCCCCGAAGCCAAAACGACCAGUUGUUCUUACAACAUCGCGUACAACGCCACGACGAAAAUGUAAAAAAGAACAGAAUCUUGAUCCUCUGUUUGAUUUGAGAGAAAUAAGAGUUUCUGUAACAAGAGAGGAUGGAGAUAGACGGUCAGAUUUUAUACAAGCGAAGAUCACUAGUCAAAAUUUUAAUUUUAAUCUUGACAAAUUAUCAACAGCAACAAUAACACCUGUUUCUCCUUUCGCAACACCCGCCGAAAAUUGGACUGUUGCUGUUGAUUCCGUUUGUAGCGAUGUUUCGGUGGCUAAACAACCUGAAACACCGCCAUUGACGCCCAUUGAGCAAAUAACAGUAACACCAUUAAAGACCUUACCGACAUUAAUGCCGUGUGUUGAAAAAAAGAAUUUAAGACCAAUAGAAACGCAAAAAAUUCUACCAGCCUUUGAACGUUUCAAAGAUUUAACAAAUAAAUAUGCUGAUACAACGUUCAUUUUACCAUCGAAAUAUAGACUUUUAUUUGAACAAUUUAAAACAAGUGAUUUUUUUAUUUGUAAUACGCAUAACAGAAAUGAAAAACCAACAUUUCAAAAAAUUAAACAAAAUGUUCAACACAUAACCAAACGAAAUUUUGAAACGUCGACACUCGGUAAAAUAAAAACAGUGUACUCAACAGCGUAUGAAUAUCGUCAAGAAAAAGUUCUAACGUUAACAAUGAGUCCAACAAAAACUAAAUAUGAAUUAGUUGUUUAUCCAUGUCUAAUUGAUUUUCAAAUAAGUAAUGAUUUUAUUCAUUCUAUCGGUAUUGAUCCAAAAAUGAUUAUUGAACGAUUAAAACGUUUUCGAUCAAAAUUAUCCGAUAUUGUCAAACGAUUCCACAGAGUAUUCAUAUCGAAUAUGUAUCCAUUAGAAGAAAUUAAUGAUGAUACGUAUAUCCGAUGGCAUCCAGAAUUUAAUCUUGAAAAUGUGCCUGAUAUUGAGGUUGCUGAUUUACCUCAACCACCGAAAGAAAUCGAAGAAAAAAAAGUUGCGACAGCGGCAGAUAUUUUACGUCAUGCACAAACAACACAAUCUGAACGUGUUAAAAAAGCAUUGUCUAAAAUUAGCAAAAAUUUGGCUUCAGAUACAGCAGAAAUUCAAUCACCAAACGCACUGGAUUUAAAACAAGUGAAACGUAUUGUUGGUGUUAAAGAUGAUCUUUUGAAACAGAUACGUUUAAAAGAAAUGCAAAAAAUCCAACUAACUGCUUUGGAAAAUCCUGAUGAACAAAAAACGAUAACAAUCUCUCGUCGUUUACCAGAAACAAUUGACAUAAUUCAACAAUAUUUUACAACACAACGACAAAUUGCAAUUGAAAUUGAUCUUGUGUGUAAACAAUUGAAAGAUUGUCAUCGAUCAGGAUUAACAGAAGUUGAAUCUGUUGAAAUAGUGCGUUAUUUAUGUGAAUGUCAAGAAAAUGAUGGCUGGUUAAAAAUAUUAAAAAUGCGCAAUAAAGAAUAUAUUAAAAUAAAUAAUCAAAAAUCAAUUAAAAUAAUUAUUGAAAAUAUUGAACAGCGUAUUCGUGAUAGUUAA